CACUUUUUCCCCUCCUUACGCCGAAUUUAGUAGGAACCUUCACAAGGGCGGAACGUUGUGUCUCUGCAGAGCGGUGCGGGGUCGGUACUGAUUAGCCAUGGCAGCAGGAGCUACAGCAGCAUUAUCCGGGGUGAAGGUUUUGGGGAGACCUCUUAUAGCUCUUCAACAUAGUUGGCCCACUUUCUCCUGGAGAGCAGCAAGCACAUCAUUUAAGGCAUCAGAUCUGCAGAUCGAGUUGAAUAAGCAACCUAAAAAGAAGCCUGAUGUUGGAAGCCUUGUAUUUGGAAAAGCUUUUUCUGACCACAUGUUGACAGUGCAAUGGAGCAAUGAGAAGGGAUGGGAGAAGCCCACAAUUAAACCAUUUCAGAACCUUUCAUUACACCCUGCAACGUCUGCAUUGCAUUAUUCUUUACAGCUAUUUGAGGGUAUGAAAGCUUACAGAGGGGUAGAUAAUCGUAUUAGACUUUUCCGGCCCAUGUUAAACAUGGAAAGAAUGCACAGGACUGCUCUGAGAUGCUCGCUACCGGCAUUUGACAAGGCAGAGCUAUUAGAGUGUCUACGGAAAUUUAUUGAAGUUGACCAAGACUGGGUCCCUCAUUCUACAGAAGCUAGUCUCUAUGUUCGCCCAACCUUUAUUGGCACAGAGCCUUCCCUUGGUGUUGCAAAGCCCAAUCAUGCAUUGUUGUAUAUCAUUACUUCACCAGUUGGACCAUACUUUCCAACUGGUGGCUUUAGCCCAGUGUCCCUCUUGGCUGACCCACAAUAUGUACGUGCCUGGGUAGGGGGUGUAGGAAACUUCAAAUUUGGUGGGAACUAUGGUCCCACAAUAUUUGUACAAAACGCGGCAAUAAAGGAAGGCUGCCAGCAGGUGCUGUGGCUUUAUGGCGAUGACCACUUGGUAACUGAAAUUGGCACCAUGAACUUUUUUCUGUACUGGAUCAAUGAACAGGGAGGUAAGUUUCAGAACACAAGGUGCAUGGCCUAUUGUGAUGUGCUGCAGCCAUGAGAUUAUAGACAUUUU